GACGUGAAGGGUGUUGCUCGACGUUUCCGGUGAGACUCGCUCGUGCCAUCCCUGAUCUGACAUAUAGCGGACAUUAAAAAAAAAAAUUAUAAUUAAAUAAAAAAAAAAUGGAUACAUAAUCGUCCGGUAUAUUUUCUAAUACAAUUCUCGUCACUUGUAAAUAGAUUAUUGUUCACUGGUGGAGUCUAAUUUCGUCAUUUAUGACGUUUAUGGGAGAUUAGAUGUGAAUGAACAACGAUCAAGUUCAAAGCGGGAGAAGGUCUGCACUUAAGAAGAGAUUAUCAUCCCUUGAAGGCCCCUACAAAUGGACUGCUGAAGAUUUUAGGGGAUAUCCUUUUCAACUCGAGCGAAGCCGAGUUCCUCUCCGGGGAGCGAAGAUUGCCGAACAGAAUGGUCCCCAGCAGGUUCUAUUUCGGGCUGGUGCUUCUCUCCUUCAGUGCCAAGAGAACUGCGACGGAAACAAUACAUGAAUAUAGGAGCAGCAGACGGUAUCCAGGCCUUGGGAACGAGUUAUUGAAACUGGAUCAGCUGUUCCGAGUCGGCCAUCGUGGGCAGUAUGACAGAAGACAAACUCCUGCAGCUGCGUUAGGGAUCCCAACCCGUGUUCAAAUAGAGAUGUACAUCAGGAGUUUUGGAUCUGUGAAUCCUAUUCAGAUGGAAUACACAGUCGACCUUUACCUCCACCAGCGCUGGUUAGAAGUGCGCUUCCUCAACAACACACUGACGCGUCCCCUUGACCUCAGUGACCCCAUCCUGGUCAAAAUGCUGUGGAAACCCGAGGUCUAUUUCCCCAACGCCAAGGACUCCGAUUUCCAGUAUGUCACUGUCCCCAACGUCAUGUUGAGGAUUCACCCCGAUGGCUCGAUUCUGUACAUACUGAGAUUAAAACUGACGUUCUCGUGCAUGAUGGACCUGUCUCAUUACCCGCUGGAUAAACAAACUUGCUACAUACAAUUGGCCAGCUUUGUGAAAACAACAAGAGAGCUGGAGCUGGAGUGGUACGAGGACCCCCUGAAGAUGUACAAGAACCUGAAGCUUCCUCAGUUUCAAAUCAAAGGUCUGCGAGCGGAGACGUGCACGCAGUCCUUCCAUAUAGGCAAUUACAGUUGUCUUCAGGCGGCCUUCGAGCUACGUCGGAACGUUGGCUACCAUUUGGUGCAGUCGUAUCUGCCCACCUCCCUCAUCGUGGUCGUCUCUUGGGUCAGCUUCUGGCUGGACGUCGAUGCCAUCCCGUCAAGAGUGACCCUCGGGGUCACCACUUUCCUGACGGUGUGCUCCGAGUCGACGGCCUUCAGGGACAAGAUGCCGAUGGUGUCCUACGUGAAGGCCCUUGACAUAUGGAUGGGCUCCUGCACCGCAUUUGUCUUUCUGGCCCUCGUGGAAUUCACGGCCGUCACUCACCUGGCCAGGCACCAUCGCCGGUUCGUCUUCUGGGACUCGCAUCAGGGCCAAAGGGCGUACGUCUACAAUCCCUCGAGGGCGAGACAGAGGGAGGCGCAGAUGCAUUCGAAGAAAUCAGAUCGGGAGAUGUCCUUCCAUCCGUCAGCGGCCUCCGGCUCUGACCAGAAGUAUACCAUGCAGAGGAAAUCUCCAAUCGCGUGUUUGAACUCACAAGCCACGGAUGACAGGCGUCGAGCACCGGUCACGAACACAGGCUGCGUCGACGAGAACGACACCAGCGACUCUGGCAGCGCUAAACCAACUCCAGACCAGCUGAGAGACAGACAGGCCGACUCUUCACGACUCAUACACCUGUAUCACACUGAAUCCAGCAGCAUCGUCGCUUAUAAUAGAAGCGAGAGGGUGUACGGGGUCGAUUACCCUCGGACCAACAGCGGCCGCAGGAGAGAUGACUCCGACCUGGCCACCCUGCCCUUCAUCUGGCAGGAGAAGGCAGCGACGGCGAAGAAGAUCGACGUCGCGAGUCGCGUCGUUUUCCCAGCGCUCUUUCUCGUUUUCAAUGUCGCUUAUUGGACCUACUACUAUGCAUUGUCCUGAAUGGAGUGUUUGGCAUCCUUCAUAGAAAGUUUAUUUUCGUAUUCGACAGUGAUUAGAGUCUCCGAAACGGUGCAAAUUGACAGAGAGAGAGAGAGAGAGAGAACCUUUUUAACGGUGGUGCUCAAGACUCGACUUCCCGAGGAAGACUUUGCAGAUUUAUGUGGCAAUUUUUGUAAGACAGAACUGACGUGAGUUUUUGUUCAUUGUUGAAUCAGCAGAGUUCUGUGUUGCUUCUCUUAAGUUUUAUCUUUCUUCGCUGCCAGGGACUGUGUCGGUCAAUAAACCAGGGAAAAGUGAAUACGUGGAAAAGGACUAAAUAAAGUUCAAUGUGAUAAUACUCAUAGACAGCUCGACUGGAAAACGUCCUGGAAGAGGAAUGCUUCGGGUGAAAAUUUCUACGGAUAAACUGGCUAUAAGUACCUCCUGAGAAGGUUCUCUGAUGUUAUAAUUAUAAUAUUAUUAGGGACAGCUUUCUGUAAAUAUAAGGAUAAGUCGUUGAUACUUUAAUCUUUACCAGUUAUGUGAACAAUUAAAACUGAGGUGAGAGUGAACAUAUCCUUACCCCUCGAAGUCACUUGGUUUUGAAGAAUAAUUUAUCUGAUCUCCCCAUACACAAAAACGCAUAUUCGCUUACUCGGGGAGUAAGCCUACAAACUACUGUUUGUUGUUGUUGUUAUUCUUGCUGCUGUUGUUCUUGUUGGCAGGGGUGUAGAAAAGCCUAAAAAGGUCUGUAAAAGGUGUUUCGCGUUGAGUUCAAGAUUCAUGAAUUUUAGGAUAGGAUAUUUAUGAUUUAUUUAUUAGAAUGAAAAUGUAAAAAAGAUCAAUUUAAAUGGGCAUGUUUAACAGUACAGAACAAUUAUUUCUAAUAAAAUAUAGCGUGUUUAUUUAAAUCUUCGUUGCUAAAACAACGUGUUAUUUGAACGUAGAUUUGAAAGAAAAGCGAAGCUUCA